CGAUAAUCGCUCGCGCGUGCGACGAAGCUAGGAAAAUACCGGGGAAGCAGCACAAUCCAGCAUCCAGGAAAGAUCGAGGCGAGGCAACCAACUUUUCGACGCUUUAUCCUCGAUAUAUCGAUUACUCGCAGAUGCCCAAUAAUGCUGUUCGUUACAAUUAUUGUGACACUGCUCAUGGAACCUGUCUUCCCAUUCCGUGGGCCCCAUCAUCCGAGAAGCAGUGUUUUGCAUAAUCACUACGUGCCCGAACCGUCAGUGAAAAUAACUCAAAAUGAAGAGCUUUUGCAAGAUGCGACGCAUCUCGCUGAGGACAUGGGCUCGAUGGCCGAACACAUCGACAUCGUGAAUAUGAACGCUCAGGAACUGGAAUUUUAUUACUUCAAGUUUCACGAUAUUGACAAUAAUACGAAACUCGAUGGACUCGAACUUCUUCGCGCUCUUCAACACUCCCUCCACGGUGAGGAAAAUGAUGAAAAUUCAAACGAAGUCGAUCACGUGCACGCCGAUCAGGAACACGCCGUUGUCGAUGACUCGUGGAUCAUUGAACUGAUAGAUCGAGUUUUGGCUGAAGACGAUUUGGACAACGACGGUUACUUAGGAUACAUUGAAUACGUUUUAGGCAGGCAAAAAGACCAGGACGAAAAAGAGCGAAGAAAAAUAAAAUUAAAAAUCUGAGGAUAAAGCGAGUUUGAAUGAAUUUGAAUGAAUCCGAGAUCGGAGCAAGAGAUCUGUAAGUUUUCGAUGACUAUUAUUCCACGUGUGCCAAUAACAGAGUAGAAGAAAAAAAGAAAUUUCAGUAUCUGGAAGCCUCAUAGUUGAUUCUUUUCCAAUCCGACGUGUCAAGAUAUUAGAAAAAUAGAAUAUUUGAAAAAGAUAAACUUUUAUAUACAUGAGUUUACUUAUGAACUUAUAAAUAAUAUUUAUGUAUUUUGCACUUUAAUGAAAUAACGAACUGUCAAGAUUCCGGAUUAAAUCAACGGAUCACAGGCAAUCGAACAUCGGUCACGACAAUACAUUUUUCCCAGAGGUCCCUCACUACUUGGACCUAAAAAUGAAGAAAAAAUUGAUGUAUUUUAAUCAUUUAGAGUGUGUGUCAAAAAUUGUGAGGUACAAAUAACAGUAUUUUUGUGCUAAAAAAUGAACUAUAACAAUGUUUUGUAUGGAAUUGUUGAAACUGA